GGGUCGGGUAGAAGGGGGUGUUGGAAGUUAGAGAUGGGAUCAAAGUAUUUUUAACGUGAAAAGUCACAUCUUUUCCAUCAUUCCCCGGAAGACGCUUGUAGGGUUUUCUACCUGUAAUCACACGCCUGGAAUAAAAGCCGAAAAGAAAAGGAGGAUUGCUUAUUAUGUGCUUUAUUGUCAGCGUUAGCGCUAAUUUUAACUGUUGAUUAAAUCUUAAAUGAAGACUCAGUCGUGUGUCCCUUCAUAUGUCUUGUUUGUAAUUGAGACUAAUUAUUACUGUGGGGUGGGAAGAAGCAGCUGCUCAUUAAUUAAUUUCUAAUUAAAAGUGCUUACUAGCCUUUCAGUGACUAAGGAAGGUGGGGAAAAUAGCUGAUACAACAUUGAUCCUUCAGAUUAAAAACAUUCAUUUCCUUCCCUUGCCCCCAGAAAUAUAUGUGUUGCAAGCAGGCGUUGCUGCUACCGAAGAGCUUCCCAAACUUUUCUCCCGUUAGGCAGGCUAAAGGCGAUGCUGGAGAGUCUAUUUGCCAUGCCAGGGGAAAGAUUCCCGAAAAUGAGUGUUAAACUUACAGGCAGGUUAAUUUGAGUAGGUUUUGCGUGACGUCAGAGGGUCGGCUCUUUUAAAACAACGUGCUUGUGAGCUGAUGCAUUUGUAUCACUUUUCUUCUUCCCACCUUUUAUUUUUCUGUGGGUGCAAAGUAUUUAUUUUUGCUGUCACGUCUGUCAGCCUUGGAGCCUACAUGCGACAAUUAUUUCUGUGUCGUAGCUGUAGCGGGGAAGGUGCUAAAAUCGCCGUACAUAUUUAAAAGGAAAAAAAGAAAGUUUAAGUUUUCAUGUAAAUAAAUUAAAUGUGGUUUUCUGCUUCGUCCUAUAAGCAUCUAGGGACCUGUGGUUACCAAUCAGUUGGUACAACAGAACAGAGCCAGGCUGCAAUAGCGUGCAGAUCAGACGCCUCGCCUUGUUUCUAGAUAACUGGGAGCCUCUGUACCAUGUCCUAUCCUCAGUUUGGCUACCCUUACUCCUCUGCACCCCAGUUCCUGAUGAGCACCAACUCCCUGACGACCUGCUGCGAGUCCAGCAGCCGGACGCUGGCUGAGACGGGGGCGGCCGCCUCCGCCCAGACCCCCGUGUACUGCCCGGUGUACGAGAGCCGCCUGCUCGCCACCGCCCGACACGAGCUCAACUCCGCCGCCGCCCUGGGGGUCUACGGCGGACCCUACGCCGGGCCCCAGGGCUAUGGAAACUACGUGACCUACGGUACCGAGGCUCCCGCCUUCUACUCCUUGAACAGUUUGGAGGCGAAGGACGGGAGCGGCUCUGCGCAUGCGGGCAUCGCCCCGGCGGCUGCCUACUACCCCUACGAUCACACCCUCAGCCAGUACCAGUACGACAGGUACGGGACGAUGGACGGCGGGACGCGGAGGAAAAACGCCACCCGAGAGACGACCAGCACACUGAAGGCCUGGCUGCAGGAGCAUCGCAAGAACCCCUACCCCACCAAGGGCGAGAAGAUCAUGCUGGCCAUCAUCACCAAGAUGACCCUCACCCAGGUCUCCACCUGGUUCGCCAACGCCCGCCGGCGGCUCAAGAAGGAGAACAAGAUGACCUGGCCCCCGCGGAACAAGUGCUCUGACGAGAAGCGGCCCUAUGAGGAAGAGGAGGAGGAGGAGGAGGAGGGUUCGCAGGAAGAGGCGAUGAAGAGCGGGAAAGCCGAGGAACCCACGGGCAAGGAGGAGAAGGAACUGGAGCUCAGCGACCUGGAGGACUUGGACGCCGCCGAGUCGGAGAGCUCGGAGUGCGAGCUGAGGCGGCCCUUCCCACACUCGCUCCCGCAUCCGCACCCGGUCCCGCUCCCGCUCCCGGGCGGCAGCCACCCGCCGCGGGCCGCCGAGCUCCCCGCCAAGAUGCCGACGCCGGCUGCCGCCAGGGAGGAGGAGGAGGAGGAGGAGGCGGUGGCAGAGCGGGCGCGGAGCUGCCUGAAGACGGCAGCGGAGGAGUGCGGCCCCGACCCGCUGGGCGCUCGGCAGCGCGGCUGCGAGUCCAAGAUGUGCUUCCAGCAGGGGCAGCAGCUGCUGGAGGCGAAGCCCAGGAUUUGGUCCCUGGCGCACACUGCCACCUCCCUCAACCAGGCCGAAUACCCCUCCUGCAUGCUGAAACGGCCGGGGGGCUCGGCCGCCGCCGCCGCUCCCGCCCCGGUCAGCGUCAUGGACAGGCACCAGGACUCGCCGGUCACCAACCUCAGGAACUGGGUGGACGGGGUGUUUCACGACCCCCUGUUCAGGCACAGUACUUUAAAUCAAGCCCUGAGCAACACAACAGUUUCCUGGGCUACCACCAAAGGAGCCAUUCUGGAAACGGGCGCCUUGGGACGCGCGGUGGGGAACGGCGCCAAUGUGCUCAAGGGGCAGCUCUCAAACCUGGCCCACCAUGACUCAAACAAAGAGUUUCUGGCGUUUCCCAAAUCAGGAAGCAAAAUGUUUUGUUCCUAACAGGCCCGCCGAGGGGCAAAGGACUUUCUAACGCUUGAAGAGUCAGCUACACUGAAAAGAGACUUGCAAGAGUUUAAAUUUAAAUAUAAAACUUUUUCUUUUUCUUUUUUUUUCUUUCUUUUUUUUUUUUUUUUUUUAACAAGCAACAUAAACGAGGAUUUAUUCAGUUUGCUCAGUUCAACGGAAAGACUUUGCUCAUUGCUGUUCUGAACAUUUUCUCCUGGCUGCGACUUUAAGGGAUCAAUGUCCAAUGUCGUGAAAGUUAUUUAAUUCCGUGUCCAAAAAGCACGUACUAUAGUGUAGACCUACUUUAAAAGUUUACAUCCGAAAGUUUACAAACGGGAAAUUUUAAUUCAGAUUUAAUUUAAGGCAUGCCGACAUUAGUUGUAAAGACUUUUCGAGAGUUUUUCCUCCUGAUUUCCUUGUUAGCAUAUAAUUCACAAACAGCACUUCUACUAAGUUUACACCUACUGCACAAAUUUAUCUUGACAAAAAAAAUAUGUUAAAAGGUAUGCUCACUCCAAUAAAUUGUCUGUUUCAGAGGUAACACAAGUGGUGGCGUUUUGCAUUGGGCAACAAACAACUUCUAUGUUUCAAAUUCCCCCUCGGAGCCGAACCCGGUAAUUCCAAGGACUGUCAACAGGCUGCCGGGAAUGGGGAAGAGAGGCUCAGCGCAGCGCUGCCGCGGCACUGAGGACGGAGGCACGCUGCGCGCAGGAGGGAUGCUGGGCUGCGCUCCGCGCCGGCCGUGCCUCCGCGGGGCAGCGCCGGGCCCUCGCCGCCUCCCGGGCCGACAGCGGGGGCUCCGGCAGCCCGCCGAGGCCCGGU